AUUCAGUACCAGACAUAGGGGAAUUUGUGAGAUAUAAGAACGAUCGGAAUACUUUCAGGUUGGCCAUCAAAGCAGAUUACCAUGAGAAUGGAGAACUUCAAAGCCAUGAUCUGGCUGUUACCUACCCUACUGAUGGCGUCCGUGGCCGCCGACAUGGAUGAGAAGUUGUACCUCCUGAAAAUCCGACUGCGACCAUCAGCGGGCAGUAACCAAGCGCAGGAGGUUUUUGCCAUCAAGAACCUCCUCACAGAUGUGUCUGGCAUUGACGUUCUAUUUCUUGUUAAGGAACUAGCCAAUCCAUAUAUUCUUGCAGUUGUGGACGUGGAAGAUGACUGCCGGUGGCCAGCACUGACCAAUGUCCUGUACAGUAUGGAUGACGAGUACUCGGCUCUACCGCUCUAUGGCUGUGAGAACUUUGCCAAGGAACUAGAUGUGGAGCUGACUGGAUUGACCAGGGACUUCGGAAACGGGACACUGCACGUUACAGACAUGCUUUUCUACACUACAGGGUACACCACCACUGAAUACCUGGACAUCCUGAAGGACCACCUCACCAUCAUCAACAAUGCGAUUGCAAACAACACUGCAAAGCUGGCUUGCUUCAGAGUGCUGUCCGACGUCCCAGUCAAGAUGAUCUACCUGACUAACGUUCAUCCAUCUCAAGUGGAAACACUUAUGAAAGUGUCCAAGCUACCAGAAAGAGCACAAGUUACCGUCAGGGCUUAUGACAACCUGAAUGAUUACUAUUGCUAGAAAUCCCAUGUUUAUGAGCCGUAUACAACACAGAAGCUGAACGGUGAACUGGAGACAAUGAGAUCCUUUCCCGGUAUUGGUCUAACAUUCUGAUUUUUUGAUUUGCUACACUAAUUUGGGUGUAAACAGAAUAAUAUAAAAUACACUUUAGGAAUGUCAACUCGAAAUAAAUACAGUCCAAAUAAAGUGGACACCAUAAGAUUCAU